AUGGCAAGAACAAACAAAUGGACUAACCGCGAAGCCAAGGCAGACUCCCGUUUCUUCACCCACAAUGGCCAUUUCGGCGAGGCUCCAAACGCUGUCAAGAAGCAAGGGUCCGGUAAGGGCAACUGGGGUAAGCCAGGUGACGAAAUCGAGGACUUGAUCGAAACCGGAGAAAUCAAGCCCGUGUACAAUAAGUCUCGCAGAGGCUCCAACAGUCAAUCGCACUACUAG